CUCACUUUGUCAUACUCGUUGCAUUAAAGCAUGCGCUAAAAGCAACGGGAAUUCCCUCUUUCCUCUUAUAUACCGAGCUUAAGGUCACCUUGUAUUCAGUUAUUCAUCAGUGUGGUAGACAGUGUUGGAUUUUCCUGUUUUCCGACGAUUUUCUCCUCGAAUCGACUCUGAACCGGCUUGUCAGUUUCAAGUUAGGUUCCUCAUCCAUUGAAGAAACUUUUCCCGAGAGAAGGUUUUAAAAUUGCAAUCAAGAUGGUUAAUACCAAAGAGGCGCUUUUGUCGAUGAUCUCGCAGCCCGCUGAAGAUUCCGGCAGUAAAGUCACAGUGGUGGGCGUGGGCCAAGUCGGAAUGGCCUGUGCCUUCAGCAUCCUGUCGCAGGGAGUAUCCAGUGAAGUUGUAUUAGUGGACGUGGUUGCCGACAAGCUAAAAGGGGAAAUGAUGGAUCUUCAGCACGGCGCCUUGUUUCUGAAGAAUGCCAAGAUUGUGGCUGAUACUGAUUACGCCGUCACUGCUGGAUCCAAACUUUGCAUUAUCACAGCUGGAGUGCGUCAAAAGGAAGGGGAGUCUCGUCUGGAUCUGGUGCAGCGCAACACGGACGUUUUAAAGCACAUCGUGCCCAAGCUGGUCCAGUAUUCUCCAGACACCAUUCUGCUGGUGGUCAGCAAUCCAGUGGACAUCCUCACCUACGUGGCGUGGAAACUCAGCGGUCUGCCCAAGAACCGAGUAAUUGGAUCUGGCACCAACUUGGACACAUCCAGGUUCAGAUUUCUGAUCUCUCAGAAACUGGGAGUUGCGCCCAGCAGUGUUCAUGGCUGGAUUAUUGGGGAACAUGGCGACUCCAGUGUGGCGAUUUGGUCGGGCGUGAAUGUUGCAGGAGUGCGGCUCCGGGAAAUUAACGCCGCAGUUGGCACUGAAAGCGACCCAGAAAACUGGAAGGACAUUCACAAGCAGGUCAUCAUGUCCGCUUACGAUGUGAUCAAACUCAAAGGAUACACUUCAUGGGCGAUCGGGUUGAGUGUUGCCUCAUUGGCCUCCAGCAUUUUGAGGAACUCCAAUAAUGUUCAUGCAGUUUCCACUUACGUUAAGGGUUUGCACGGUGUGGACGGUGAGGUGUUUCUCUCGUUGCCUGCAGUGUUGGGAGCGCGUGGAAUCUCGCAUGCAGUCACGCAGAAUUUGGGCGAAGACGAAAAGGAGGAGCUCCAAAAAUCGGCGAAAUUAAUGGAAGAAGUCCAAAAGGGACUGACUUUUUAAUUUAUCACGACUAGGAUUUUAAACUAAUACAUAUCUACAACUCUUUCGCUUUUCACUCGUUUCAAGACUGUAUUUUAUUUUUUUAUCUGUCUUAUAGCAUUUAUUGGAUGUAGUGGAAUGUCAGCCAUAAAUACCUCUACUAGGAUUAAGGUGUUAUAAUUCUUACUACCGCUCAUGGAAUAAGACUAAUUUACUGCAUUUAUCGCGAUGUUUUUCCCAUUGGCUUAGGGUUAGGCAACGAGGCCAAGUUAUCUCGAAUAGAACGUUAGUUGCGAAAAUAUUAAAUUAUAUUUAUUUUCUACACAAAACACUUGCUAAUUAAGGCCAAAGUUAGGAUACAUUUGCUUCUGCUUGUAUUAUUUAGGUUUUAUAUUUAAGCUGUGCUUUGUAACUCGGUGAUCAACGUUCCUAAACUGUUGUUUGAAAACUUUUUGUAACAGUUUGGAAAAGUGUCUUUGCAUUCCUUGUUCUUGCUUCACCCCCAGUGAAUUUUAUUGUGAUCAAUCUUAAAGCCUGUAUUUAUUCAUAUUUAUUAAGCAGAUUUUUAUAUUUUUUAAUCUCGUUUUAAUCGCCUUUGCCAGUAUUUAUGGACCUGAAUUAACUUUUGCUCUUGCUUGCAAAGCAUUGGAUUAGAUUUAUAAUGACUGGACUUGAAUAAAUAUUUUAAAAUU